AUGGGUAAAAAACACGUUAGUCCAUAUACCCGUGCUCAGGCGGUGGCGUUAUACCAUUCUGGUAUGAAAGUAUCGAAAAUCGCCGAACAGCUCCCUAUUUCACGCAAAUGUAUUAUGAAUGCCAUCGAAAGAUAUGAAAAACAUGGUGAAUUCAGUGAUUUGAAACGAUCGGGACGACCAAAGAAGCUAUCUGCCCGUGAUGAGCGACAUUUGAAAAGAUUGGUGAAAGGCGAAAAUCGACUUAGUGCAGCUAAGAUCACAUCGGAUUUGAACAGUUCUUUGCCAAAACCGGUUACAAGACGAACAGUAUGUAACUACUUAACAAAACUUGGUUUUGAAUACAAGGUGAAACUCAAAAAGCAAUGGCUCAGUAAGAAACAUCGAGAGCGACGAAUUGCUUGGUGUCGCCAAUAUGUCCAUUGGACUAUCGAUGACUGGCGCAAAGUUAUUUUUAGUGAUGAAUCAACAUUUUAUGUUUUAAAAAGGAAAAAUCAAUCGAACACUGGUGAUGGUGGAAAGAUUGGUAUAUGGGGAGGUAUAUCGGGCCACGGUAUAACCUUAUUGAAAAUAUUUAAUGAAAAUAUGAAUGGAACACUUUAUUGCGAUGUAUUAAAACAUGAAUUAAAACAAUCAAUGUCUAUGUUGCCAAAUAAAAGUGAAAUUAUCUUUCAACAAGAUUUGGCACCGUGGCAUACAUCAAAUAUAGUUCAGAAUACAAUUAAAAGGAUGAAACUCAAUGUAUUGAACUGGGCUCCAAAAAGCCCAGAUCUUAAUCCGAUUGAAAUGUUAUGGUCGAUUCUCGAUAAAAAAUUAGCUUCUAAGCCUAUUUACUCAAAACUCACUCUUCAAGAUCGUUUACAACAAGAAUGGAAGAAUAUUGAUAAAGAUUUAUGCAUAAAACUUAUCGAAUCAAUGCCUGAAAGAAUUCAAAGUUGUCUAAAAGCCAAAGGUGGUCAUUUUCUAUGA